GACAAAUGGAAAUUAGCAAACCAAUUUCUAAACCAGAGGGAAGAUAAAGCUUCAAUUUUUUUCUGAUUUUCACACUAAUUGAUUCCAAAUUAAGCAUAACCAUGGGAUUUUGCUUAAAGACCAAAUAGUUUCAGGGAUACUGCUGUGAUCAGAAGAUGUUUAUGAUCUUAAUCUAUCUAAUUAGCCUCGGCUGAUAUUUUUGUUUCUCAAUCUUGUUCCAUAUAGUACUAUUUUUCGGAUGUUUUUUUCUGGGAUCUUCACACAAAUAGCUGGACAGAUUUACUGUUUAUUUUUUCUAGUUGGUAUACAUCGUUUAUUGAUGAUUAUACACAUAUUGUACAUAUAUUAUACAUUUGCUGGCUAUUGUUAGUUUAAUCAUUUGGGUGAACUGCUAUAUAGGUUAAUUCUUAAAAAGUAUAUGGCAUACUGGAAUUUUGUGUGCAGAAAAGAUCGGUCAAGGGAUAUCUGAAGUAGAUGGCGCGGUUGAUUAAGAGAUGAGGGACUGAGAGUAAAAUUCACUACUUGCAUUAUUGAGAAAGAGAUGUCUUGGGAAAUCGAAGAGAUCGGAGAAGAUAGCAAGAGUGAAGUGAUUGGCAACAACAAAGAUGGAGGAGUGAUCAAUGAUGUUUAUGUAGCAGUUGGCAAGAAUGACAUGUAUGUUCUUCAAUGGGCACUUGAUCAUGCCAUCUCUCCGGGAAUUCGCGUUUGCCUUGUGCAUAUUUUUCCUCCCAUUACCUACAUCCCUUCACCAGUUGGCAAGUUAUCAAGUAGCCAACUGACCAGAGAGCAGGUGCAAGCUUACAUCAAUGAAGAGAGCAACAGGCGGAAGAAUCUCUUGGAAAAAUACAUCCGCCUAUGCAAUGAUGCCAGAGUACCAGUAGAUACUGUACUUGUGGAGAGCAAAUCACCUGGCAAAGCAUUACUUGAUCUAAUCUCUGUUGUCAAUGUUACCAGCCUCAUUAUUGGAACUAGACGAUCACUUUCCACCAUACGAGUGAUGAAGGGACAUGGAAUUGGAGAAUAUGUUCAAAAGAAUGCACCGGCUUCCUGUCAGGUUAACGUCGUUGGUGAAGAAGGCAAAAAGAUUAAGAAGAGUGAAGUGGUGCAGCUAAAAGGCAAUUAUUCCAAUUCUCCUUCACUUGUGCAUAGCCGGAGUCAGCCGGAGAUUGCUAAACAAUCUAACAGGAAUUUAUUUGAAUGGAUGUGUUUUUCUCCCAAGUUCCAUGGAGACUUUGGAAGUAAAUAAAAGAACACAGAGACGAAUUCAACCUAUUAACAAUUUCUUACCUAUGGAGAGUUGAACUUAAUCCGUAACUAAUGGAGUACUACUAUAUCAAAUUUGGCUUUCUGUUUUUUUCUCAAAUCUUAUUGACAAUAUUUUUUCUAUUUCCAAAAGUUCUAACCCAAGACAUCUAGCUAAAGUUAAAGAAUUUCGAAUC